UACAACGUAUUGGUAGUACAACAAUAUAUGGAAAUUUAAAUAAAAUUAUUUUAGCAACAAAACGUUGGUCACUUAUUGAUACACGUUUAUAUAUUAAAGUUAUUCUUGAACAUCUUCAAUUAAAAGAUUUAACAUCAACAAUAUGUUUAGAAUUAAAAUCUAUUUAUCAUUGUUUAUGGUGGUUUGAUGAUAAAAAUUAUUGUGAAUUUCGAAUAUGGUCAAAUGCAAAAGGACAAAUUGAUGAUAAUAAUGAUGAAGAAGAAACUAUUUUUGAUUGGAAUAUGAUUGUUUAUUUACCACGAGUUGUUCAAGAUUAUUUCGAAACUAUUAUGAUUGGUUUUGCUCGUUCAAUAUACGAUCGUCUUCGUGAUGAAUAUAAAGAAGCAACAUCAGUAACACAAACAAAUUUACCAGUCAAAGUUCUUGAGUAUUGUAGGGGUUUAUUUACUGAUGAACUUUAUCAACAAUUAAUGUCUAUAACAAAUAAAAUAGAACGAAAAUUAACAAAAAGUGAUUUUGAUUUAACAUUACCAACACCAUUAUCAAGUACAAGUCCAGCACUUGAAUUUGUUAAAUCUGUUUGUUGUCUUCUAUUUCUUUUGCAUGAUAUGCAUGAUGAUGUUAUGAAUCUUCGACGAGAUUUACUUAAAUUACUUAAACUUAGCGAGUAA